UGUUCACCUUGUCUUGAAUCCAAAGCCAAGACAGUUUUCGUUCGUCAUUCCGCAGGUUUUAAAGGCCGCACGUUAGACGUCUGAUAUCGCGCGUCAUGUCUCUUAGACGUGUUUCGGUUAUUGGGUCAGGCAAUUGGGGGUCAACAAUUGCUAAAAUAGUUGGUAACAACAUUAGAAAGUUCCCCGAAUAUGUUUCGGAGGUACUACCAGUGAUUUUUGUUAAUAUAUAUUCAGGUUCGUAUGUGGGUUUUCGAGGAGUUAAUCAAUGGCCGUAAACUCACAGAAAUAAUCAAUACAUCUAACGAAAAUGUGAAGUAUUUGCCUAAUGUGAAGCUUCCAGAGAACGUUAUUGCUGAUCCAGAUGUAAAGUCAGUAGCUCGAGAUGCCGACGUACUUGUCAUUGUUAUGCCCCAUCAAUUCCUUAAUAGGACAUUGGCCGAUAUUAAAACCGUUGUCAAACCAACAUCUUAUGCUGUUUCUCUAAUGAAGGUAAUUAACAUGUGUGUAGAUAUUUUGUCUGAAUUUACACUGAGUAAUGUAAGAUGAAGUUCACUUGAGUUUUGGAUUGUUUAAUUUAAUUCGUAUGAUAAACUAACAUUAACGGAGCUUUAUCAGACGAAACCAACCCGGUAGUAUUUAUGGUGAACUUCUGUGACCGUCACGUAGUCUCAAUGUUUUUAGGCGACUUCCCACCUUCAUUGAGAAAGUCGAUUAUAUUGGUAGAUGCAUUUUUUGAGCAAUAAAAUGAGAAACCCUAACUCCCAAAUUAUUAUUCAACAUACGCAAUACCAAUAUAAAGUCACCUCACGUUCUGCAAUAAGGUAAGAAAAAUCUCAAGCGUUUAAAUCGCUUGUCACAGACGAGUUAGGUAAACAUGUUACUUAUGUAGUUCUCAGGUCUCAACACGUUUAAGCGUGUCAGACAUGGAUUAGCUUGUUAAAUGCGGAAACAAAGGUGGGAUCACAUAUAUCUGGUCCAUAAAUUCCGAAACAAAUUUGCCUAGACAUUUAAAGAGUCGGCGGAAAAUCAGAAUACUCAAAGACUUUGGGGCCGCCGCUUGUGAUCCGCAGAUUUUUUGAUGUCAUGACUGACCAGUACUACUGGAUCUUUUUGUUCCUGCACUUAUAGAAGUAGCAUUCCCUCAAUAGUACAUUGGUGACCAUCGCCUUAUCCAAUGUGCAUUAGCUCACUCUCGAACCAAAGUCCGAAUCCAAACUUCAGAAACAACCAUUUAAUUUAUCAAUGUCAGUGUGAAAAUCAUGGUGAUCCGCCUCACUACUUAUCGUUCUACAAACUUUAGCAUUGGCUUCGAACAAAUGUUGAUUACUUUAGCGGUCAGUAAGUUUUUGUCGCUCUCCAUCACAUCGUAUUUCCGCCUACGCACACUUUUCUGUAGAUUAAAUUCCACUAGUUAUGAAAUUGAAUACCGUUGGUGAAGUUAAUGAAAUAGUAAGCCUACAGCCUCAGGGCUCUUCCCCGCUUAUUGGUAAAUGUUCUAACUACCUCGAGUUCCACAUAGUCGACACCAUGUGAUAGCUACUGUCUAAAUUGCUAUAUUCCACGUUCUGAUAUUGUAGAAUCCUGAAGAAAUAAGUCAUAAACUUAGUAUAAUUUCAAGGUUCAGUUACUACUUUAAAGUCAUAUAUAGGUUACUUAACAAUGUCCUAUUGAAAUAGUCAUCAUAUGUUCCUCUUGUUUAAUCUGAUUAUGUACAUAGUGAACCUCAAAAUUGAAUUUUUCUGUAAUUAUUUUUUGAUCAGGGGUUGGCACUGAGUGAUGAUCAUGGUAUCAGGUUAUUAACGGACUGUAUCAGAGAGAUAUUGAAUAUACCUUGCGCAGUCCUUAUGGGUGCUAACUUGGCAACUGAAGUUUCUCAAGAAAACUACUGUGAAGCAACUAUUGGUAUCGAUGAUCCAAAGAUGGGGUCUGAAUUGAAAAAACUUUUCCAGGUAUGUAGUAUUUGUGGUUAUUUACAGGUCUGACGUAUUCCUGUAGUUUGUUUACUGAAUGAUUUUGAUCCAUAAUGUCCACUAAUCUUAGUUGAUAUGUUUAUAGAGAUUAUUCUGAGAUACCACUUCCCUUCAUUUUCUUUUAACAGAAUUAGCUUUUGUUACCCUGGCUUUUCAGUGUACGGUAUGUGGUUUAGUCUUGAUAUAUUUUUUAAUAUUCUACUAGCUCAGGUCACAAGACGCAAAUCAAUGUAUUGGAGGUACUUUAUUUUUUGUCUUACUGUCCACAUUUCAUCAUGUUUCGCUAACGCUGUUUAUAGAUUUGUAUUCUGAACAAUAAACUCUGCUUAUUAUUAUAAGAUUAAGAAAAUUAGUACCCUAGUUUAACAUAAGAUAGAUAUCAUUAAUGUCGAUGAGUUAGUCAAAUAACUCACCACCCUGUAUUUAAGUUAAUGUAAUUUUGUAUUUUGAAAUUAUCCGCAUUUUUUUAGACAGAUUAUUUCCGAAUUGUGGUUAUAAAAGACGAAGUUGCCACAGAAUUAUGCGGAGCUUUGAAAAAUAUUGUAGCAGUUGCUGCAGGUGUGAUUGAAGGUUUAGGCUAUGGCGAUAACACUAAAGCUGCAGUUAUACGUCUUGGGUUCAUGGAAAUGAAAAGUUUCAUUUAUCAAUUUUUUGCUGAUCGCCGUAAGUGUUUCCUUUUACUAUCUGCAAAUUAUGCCUUAUUUACAUUCUCGAUUUUGAAAUCUCAAAAUUCUCUAUCAGUUAAUGUGUUUAUAAGGAAAUCAUCAUAAAAGACACUAAAUAUGUUAUCUGAAAACAAAAUCUAGAUUUAACUGAGGUUCUAUCGUAUCUGUUGUAACAUGUGUAUGUUAGUUGUCAUAAUUGGUUAGUUACUAUCUAUAGCAUCUGUUUAGUUCUUUUGGGACUAUUAUAUGAUUUAGAACAACAUAUAUAAGCAAACAAUAUUGUUUUCGAUUAGAUCCUCAUCAGGCUUUACUCUAAUAUACAGUAAUAUUUAUAUGCAUAUAUGAAAUUAUUAAACCAAUCAAGGUAGUUUAUGAGUCAAUGAUAACAAUGGAAACAAUUACAUAAUAUGUGAAAAGUACAAGUUGAUAGUGUGUUGACAGGUGUACUAGGUUUGAUAAGAAUAAUAAAGGCUCAAAUCAAUGUUACAUAAUCGGAAAUAGGUCAAUGUUUAGAAUAAUAUAUAUAAUACAUAUAUUACUGUAUAUUAGAGUAAAGCCUGAUGAAGAUCUAAUCGAAAACAAUAUUGUUCGCUUAUAUAUGUUGUUCUAAAUUUACAGUAUGGGAAUAUUUCAAAUAUUAUAUGAUUGUUAUAAUUUAUUUAUUUAAACAGUUUUUAAUUCUUUUGAUAUAGUUGAACAGUAAUGUUUUAUUCUAAAGAUUUUGAACGCGUAAUUUGACCAAACGUAUGCAAUAUGAGGCUGAAGAGAGUGAAAUAGUAGUUUUUGUACAUAAGCUUCAUCUCAUCUACAACUCCGCCUGUAGCUCUUCUAGGGCUACUGCCGGUCCCAAGCCCGGGUGAAAGAGGGUUGAGCGUGGGGUCGGCAACCCCAUCCCGUAGAAAAAGCUGUUGCUAAAAUACGUCAACCAUAUUAAACCAAUUAAACUCUUCCCUGAGAGUUGAGGAAAGAAUUACGACGUAUCAUGAUAAAAGCCGAGAUUCUUCGCAAGUCACUAGGCCGAUGCCCCUUAUAGCAAUUAGGGCGACAAUAUUUAUGGGUACAUGGAACGUCCAAACAAUGUGGGAAACCGGGAAAACCAGUCAUAUAGCUAUGUGAAUGAGGAGAUACGACUUAGCAGUACUUGGAAUCAGUGAAAUCCAUUGGAUUUAAGUUGGACAGCAAAGGCUAGGUACGGGAGAUGCUUCUGUAUUCGGGUUACGAAGAGGAAAAUACUCUACACACACGGUGUUGCUCUGAUGCUGUCUAAAGAGGCAUGUAAUGCACUUAUAGGAUGGGAAUCUCACGGAUCCAGGAUCAUCAAAGCAUCUUUCAAAACAAAGAAGGGAAUCACGAUGAACGUUAUCCAGUGUUAUGUACCCACCAAUGAUAGCAAUGAAAACGAUAAAGAUCAGUUUUAUGGGAGGCUGUAAUCAAUCAUAGCAAAGUGCUCAGGAGAAGACCUGAUGAAUAACAACUGGAGAGGAUUACCCAGGACAGGUUUGGAUGGAGAAUGCUGGUGGGUCAUCUACAACAUAGGACCAGGCACAUAUAUUCAUCAGUUGAAGUUGCCACACCUCUGAAUUACAACAAGAUGAGCACUAAAUUCAUAGAAGCACUUCAGUGGAAGUAAAAAAGAUUUCAUAUAAAGAUAUACAAGGAGAAAGAAUUAGUUCGUAAAAAUAAAGGUAUAAAGUUUAAUGGGAGGCAAAAUGCGUAUACAUCUACGUCAUUGUGGCCGAUUUCGAGCCAUGUCACUCAGUCUCCAACCACUGAAUACGAUAGUCACGCGGACCACAACCAAAUAAUCUGCAUCUACCAACAUGGCUCAGAUCAGAAGUUAGUGACAUUAUGGACUGACGCCACGUUUUGGUUUGACCGCCUCUUUCUUCCAUCCGUUCCCAAAACUAAUCAGCAUUUCGCGCAGUGGUAAACUGUGGUUAGGCAUGUGUAAUACGUGACCCAACCAUCUCAUUCAAUGUUGAUUCACAAUCUCAUUUUUCCUUACCCGGUACUCUCAGCAGAUGCCAGCAAUAUUUCUAAGACGUCUGUAAUCAAAUACUAAUAACUUAUCAGUAUUAUGUACCCUUAAUGGUCACGUUUCGCAACCGUAAAGUAGAACAGAUCGGAUUGCUGCGUAAUACACUUGUCAUUCAGUCGACACACGGAUAUUUUGCUUUCGCCGUUGGUAACGUAAUUCGGUAAUAACCAAACGAGCCUUUUUAAUCCAUGCAGAGAUUUUACCAGACACCAACCCAUAAGAGUUGAUCAGACUUUCAAGAUAAGUGAAGUUGUCGACGCGUUCGACUACUUCACUCUCUAACCUUAGUUCAAGUGUUGACUCAGGCCAGUCCUGAAGCAGCAACUUGCAUUUGUAAGGGGCAGAACUCAUCUCAAACAUCCUGGCAUUGUUACUCAGUGCAACCAAAAGACUGCAUUUUAUCAGCGUCUUCACGAAAUAGGACUAUGUCAUCUGUGUAUUCUAAGUCAAUAAGUAAACCCGGUAGGAGAUCAAUUCCCGAAAAUUCAGUCGACGAGAACGUUAUUUCCAGCAGUAGGUCUAUGAUAGAAUUAAACAAAAAUGGAGAUGGUCGACAACCUUGACGGAUACCACUUGAGUUUACAAAGUCAGAUGACAGUUCAUCAUAGGCUCUGACUCGACUAAUAGUGUUCGAGUAAAGAGCCUUCACAAGGUUUAUCUACUUCUGAGGUACACCUUUCAACGACAGACAUUGUCACAAAACCUCUCGGUCUGCAGAGUCAAAUGCUACUUUAAGGUCAAGAAAAACUAAUUGUCGGACGCCGAUAACCGUACCUGUGUUCUAAAAUCUGACGAAUGGUGGAUAUGUGGUUGAUGCAGCCACGACCAGGUUUGAAUCCAGCCUGAUUUUCUGGUGUUUGCAGUUUACGAGUAUUUAUUAAGCGUUCGAUAAUUGUUGAGGCUAGUAUUUUUUGAUGCUAUAUUAGUCAAACUUAUCCCUCUAUGGUUAACAUAGGAUGAUUUUGACCCCUUCUUAUAUACUGGAAAAAUCCGUGAUUGCAACCAGUUAGAUGGGAUUGCGUCCAACUCCCAGAUUUUAGCUAAAACAUUAGUCAACCUAAUUGCUAAAAUUGAACCACCAUACUUGAAGACCUCUGGAGCCAAUCCAUGUGAUCCAGAUGCCAUUCCUCGUUUAAGGUUAGCUAUUGCUUUUUGAACUUUAAUUGGAGUCGGAUGGCCUAUCUUAAUGUUCAAUUCAGGCUGUUUGGGAAUGGAGGGUAGUUGUAGAGUAUCUGAAGGCCAGUUGAUCUGCCCGUUAAACUUUUACACCUAUCGUUCUAAACGUCUAGACUGAGAGCAGAUAUGAGUGUCGUCUUUUUCUGAGAUUGUCUCACUUACACUUGACUUCUUAACUCCGGUCUCUUUUACUAGUCUGAAAAGUCUGGUGUUACCUACAGCCGCUGUCUUUUCCAUCUCUUUUGCUUUCGUUGCCCACCACUGUUCAUGAUCGUUUCGUAGACUUUUAUUUAACCUAGAUCUGAUUUAUUUCCUCUCUUCAUCGUGAUGGGUUUACAAGAAUUUAUCAGUGUAAUAGACUUAGUAGAAAUCCACUGGCUUUUCGUAACCCUUCAGUUCAAAUCACUAAUGGAUGUCGCUACUGUUUCCACAGCUGUUCAUGUGUCUUUCCAAGCAACAUCUGGGUCAACCUCGCUUUCAGAACUACCUAUGUGUGACCUCAGUUGUUCCUGGAACCUACUUUUCGUUUCCUCGUCACUGAGUUGACUCUAAUGCAUCUUCUUAAUGUGGUUUUCCUGCGUCCAGUGAGGCACAAGCAAAUGUGUGCUCGUAUUAGAGCAUGAUCAGAGUCUAAACAUGUACUCCAGAACGAGCGGUAGCCUCUUAUCGAGCCUCUCUAAAGGUGACUGAAGGCAAUAUUGUCUAUUUGAGUUCAUUGUUGGUUUGGUGCAGGGGGCACCAUGUUAGACGGUGCUUUUCCUAAUGCUUAAAGUCAGUGCUUCCUAAAAAUAAACGAUUGUCUGAGCACAUUUGUAACAGACAGUCACCAUUAUAUGUUCGCUGAGCCGGAAUAUCGAAAUGCCCACCUAAAUGUCUUUCUAUUUGGUUUUAGCCACCUACCUAGGCAUUAAAGUCACCUGCUACGAGUACUGUGUCUGAGCCUUUUGUUUAUUGAAGAAGUUCAGAAAGCUUUAUGUAAAAAUCAUAUGGGCUACUGUCAGUGAGAGCGUAGACAGAAACGACGUGUGUCCCUAUCCUUCCGAGUUCUUACAGAGCCGAACAGCACCUAGGUGACUGUUAACAGAGAUCCAUCCUAAUAGUAUUAGUUCUGCCCUCGUACUUAGUGCUAUGCCUACAUCCACCAGAUACACGGAGGGUGUAUCUCGUCGGCUAUCCGUUAUGACGAGGUGUGGUCAAGUGAAUGACCACACUAGGAUCUUGUAUGCGUGUUUCAGAGACACACCGUACGUCAAUCGUACGAGAUUCUAGUGUCCCCGACCGUUGUUGCUACCUUGACGUGGUGGUCGGGCUUGCCUAUCGUGAUGAAGCAACCGAGCUAUACUGGCUGGAACAACCGUUCCUCAAGGUCCUACCAUGCCAGACAGGUCGGUUGAAGAGCGGUAAGACUAGAAGCAACAAACCCAAGGUCCGAAGGCGAAGUCGUACUGCUGACUGUACAGAGGUGUGACAGCAGUAAGGUGUCUCCUUCAGACAACCAGCAUAACAGCGAUGCUGCCUUCCCACAAGGAGGGGUGGGGUUAGAAAAGGUCGACCCUAAAAAUGCACACCUCACCUUACCUCACGGAUUUCCGUCUCCGGCGGUAAGGCCCUUUGAAGAACGGAGCUAACACGUCAAAAACCUCCCACGAAAAGGCCGUGCGCGACCGGCCUCAAGCAGUUGUCCCUUGGGCACUGUGGUCACGCUCUCAGGUCACUAAGACCACCUCUAAUACAAUUUUCUUCUCAGGUACCUCCAGAAGAACCCUUCCUCGGUGUGGGCAACCGGGAAGUGAUAACCGCCCUCAUACCUUUAACAGCACUCGAGACCACUGUAUUCAUAAUCAAUCUUCCUCUUCAAUUCCUAUUAUUCCUCCUACAUCGACUUUCAACUCUAAACUUCCUCCUUCGGCUUCCUCCUCAAGUGUCACCAUAGCCAACGAUUCUAGUGCUCAAAACUCUGUCCCAGGUCUCCUGAAACCUCGCUCUAAACUACACAUUGGAGCCUUCAACGUACGCACCCUAUGUCAAAUCGGUCAGCAGGCUUCCUUGGCUAAAACCCUAGAGUCUCUUUCCAUUGAUGUAUGCUGUGUCUCCGAAACACGCACACAGGAUCCCAGUGUGGUCAUUCACUUGACCUCACCUCGGUAAAACGGAGAGCCAACGAGAUACACCCUCCGUGUAUUUGGUGACCCGAUGGUUAGUUCUCGUGGACUGGCAGGUGUAGACAUAGCACUAAGCAUGAGGGCGGAACAAGCACUGUUAGAGUGGAUCCCCGUCAACAGUCGUUUAUGUGCUGUUCGACUAAACGGCUCCAUAAGAACUCGGAAGGAUAGGGACACACGUCGUUGCCUUUUUGUCGUUUCUGCCUACGCUCCCACCGACUGCAGCUCGGAAGAAGUGAAGGAUGAAUUUUACAGAAAGCUAUCUGAACUUCUUCAUAAAGCUAAACGUUCAGACAUAGUACUCGUAGGAGGUGACUUUAAUGCCCAGAUAGGUAGUUUAAACCAAACAGAAAGGCAUUUAGGUGGAUAUUUUAGUAUUCCGACACAGCAAACAGAUAAUGGUGAUCGUCUGCUGCAACUAUGCUCAGACAAUCGUUUAUUUUUAGCAAACACAAAUUUUAAGCAUAAGGAGAGACAUCGUCUAACACGGUGACCCCCUACACCAAACCAACGAUGGACUCAAAUAGACUAUAUUGCCAUCAGUCAUUGUUGGAGAGGGUCGGUAGAAGAUUGUCGCUCAUUCUGGAGUACCUGCUUGGACUCCGACCACGCCCUAAUACGAGCACGCAUCUGCUUGCGCCUCACUGGACGCAAAAAAGCCACAGUAAAAAGACCCAUUCGAACCGAACUGAGUAGCGAGGAAACCAAAAGUAGGUUGCAGGAACAACCGAGGUCACGAUUAGGUAGUUCUGAAAACGAGGCUGACCCAGAUGUUGCUUGGAAAGAUAUACAAACAGCAGUGACAUCUAUCGGUGAUUUAAACCAUAGGGUUACAAAGAACCAAUGGAUUUCUUCAAAGUAUAUCACACUGAUGGAUUCUCGCAAACUCGUCCCAUCUGGUCCGAACAUGAUGAAGAGCGACAACAAAUCAGAUCUAGGUUAAGCAAAAGUCUAAGAAACGACCGUGAGCAGUGGUGGGCAACGAAAGCAAAGGAAAUGGAAAAUGCGGCGACUAUAGGGAACACAAGACAGCUUUACAGACUAAUAAAAGAAACUGGAAUUAAUAAGUCAAGUGUAAGUGAGAUUAUAUCGGAAAACGACGAUACUCUCAUCUGCUCCCAGUCCAGGCGUUUAGAACGAUGAGCGGAACAUUUCAGAGAACAGUUCAGCUGGCCUUCAGCUACUCUACAACUACCCUCCAUUCCCAGACAGCGUGAAUGGAACAUUGAAGUAGGUCCCCCAACUCUUGCUGAAGUUCAAAAGGCUAUAGUUAAUCUGAAACGAGGAAGGGCAGCUGGUCCAGAUGGAUUGGCUCCAGAGGUCUUUAAGUAUGGUGGUCCAAUUUUAGCGAUUAGGUUGACUAAUAUUUUAGCUAAGAUCUGGGAGUUAGACGUUAUCCCAUCUAACUGGUCACAAUCACUUAUCGUCCCAAUAUAUAAGAGAGGGUCAAAAUCAUCCUGUGACAACCACAGAGGGAUUAGUUUAACUAAUAUAAUAUCUAAAAUACUAGCUUCGAUAAUUAUCAGACGCCUAACUAAGACUCGUGAGCUGCAAACACGAGAGACUCAAGCUGGCUUCAAACCUGGUCGUGGCUGCAUCGACCACAUAUUCACCAUUCGUCAGAUUCUAGAACACAGGCAUACUUAUCGGCACCCGACAAUGGUUGUCUUUCUCGACUUAAAAGCAGCAUUUGACUCUGCUGACCGCGAGAUUCUGUUGCAGUGUCUGUCAUUGAAAGGCGUACCCCAGAAGUACAUAAACCUUGUAAAGGCUCUUUACUUGAACACUACUAGUCGAGUCAGAGCUUAUGGCGAACUGUAAUCUACUUUUGCAACCUCAAGUGGUGUCCGUCAAGGCUGUCCACUUUCCCCAUUUUUGUUUAACUUCAUCAUAGACCUACUGAUGGAAAUAACUUUCUCGUCGACUGAGUUCUCGGGUAUUGAUCUCCAUCCAGGAGGUCCACUUAUCGACUUAGAAUACGCAGAUGACAUAGCCCUGUUUGGUGAAGACGCUGACAAAAUGCAGUCUUUUGGUAGCACUAAGCAACAAUGCCAGAAUGUUUGGAAUGCGCUUCUCUCCCUCGAAAUGCAAGUUGUUGCUUCAGGACUGGUCUGCGUUAACACCUGAACUAAGGAUAGGGAGUGAAGUAGUCGAACGCGUUGACAACUUCACUUAUCUUGGAAGUCUGAUAAACCCUAAUGGGUUGGUGUCUGACGAAAUCUCAGCACGGAUUCGAAAAGCUCGCUUGGCUUUUGCCAACUUGCGUCACCUGUGGCGAAGACGAGAUAUCCGUCUAUCAAUAAAAGGACGAGUAUACUGCGCGGCAGUCCGUUCUGUUUUACUUUACGGCCUUUAAGAGUAGGAGACACCCGUAAGCUACUAGUAUUUGACCACAGAUGUCUUAGAAAUAUUGCUGGCGUCUGCUGGGAUCACCGGGUAAGUAGUAGUGAGGUUAAACGCAGGGUAUUAGGGAGUGAUGGUAAAUCAGUUAAUGAGGUUGUGAAUCUUCAUCGACUGAGAUGGUUAGGCCACGUGUUACGUAUGCAUGAACACCGAUUACCAUGACGUGCAAUGCUAACCGGUGUUGGAGAUGGUUGGAAGAAAGUAAGGGGCGGCCAAACCAAAACGUGGCAUCAGUGCUUGAAGACACUAACUUCUAGUCUGAGCCAUGUUGGUAGAUGUAGACUACUUAGUUUGGGGUCCGCGUGACUAUCGUAACCAAUGGUUGGAGACUGUGUAAUAUGGCUCAGAAUCGAUCACAAUGGCGUCGGUGUAUACACUCCCUGUCAUCCCUUAAACUAAGAGAUUAAAAUCACUUCAUAUCUUUCUACGAACCAAUUCUUUCUUCUUGUACUAUAUCUCUAUAUGCAAUCUUUCUCUUAUAUAUUACCACCUUUGACCUAACCACUGCUAUGAAUCCGGUGUUCAUCUUGUUGUGCUGAUGCGGUAUGGCAACCUGGACCGAUGCACAUAUGUGCCUGGUCCUACGUUGUAGCUGACUGACUGAUUCUAGUGUCAGGCAAGGAUGUCCGCUAGCCGAUUUUACAUAGGGUGCGUACGUUGAAGGCUGCAAUGUGUAGUUUGGAGCGAGGUUUUAGUAGAGUCGGGACAGUAUUUCGCGCACUAGAAUCGUUGGUCAUGGUGACACUUGAGUAGUUCAUAGUCGAGGUUGGAGGAGUAGUCGGAAAUAAAAAGGGAAAUUGAUUAUGAACACAGUGAUUUUGAGUUUUGUUUGAGGUAUAAGGAUGGUCAUCACCUUCCAGUUGCCCACACCAUGGGACGAUUCGUCUAGAGGUACCUGGAAAGGAAAUUGGGUUAGAGAUUCCCUUAGUGAUCUGAGAGAGUGACCGCAGUGCCCAAAGAAAAGCUGCUUGUGGCCGGUCACACUAGGCCUUUACCUAGGUGAUUUUCUUGUUAGCUCUGUACUUGUUGAGACCUUACAGCCGGAGACGGAUAUUCGUAAGAUAAAGCGAGGUGUGUGUUUUUAGGUUUGACCUUUUCUAACCCCGUCCUUCCUUGUGGGAAGGCAGCAUCGUUGUUAUGUUGGUUGUCUGGGGGAAAUAACUUACGGCCGUCACACCCCUGUACAGUCAACAGCACGACUACGCCCUCGAAUCUUGGGUCUGCUGCUUUUAGUCUUAUCGUUCUUCAACCAACCUGUCUCUGGCAUGGUAGGACCUUGAGGAACGAUUGUUCCAGUCAGUAUGGCUUAAUUGGUUCUUCACGAUAGGGAAGCCUGAUCGCCACGUUAAGGUAGCAGCAACGGUCAGAUUAACUUAGUCAUUUAGCAAUCAGUGUCCGUAGGUAUGGCAUGUGCUUUGCACCUUCCAAUUGCAAAAUACUUUUACAAGACCAGCGGGACCCUGAUCCUGCACUCACCCUGGGUAGUGAGCAGAUAGAAGUAGUCGAGAAGUUCGUUUAUCUGGGUAGCUGCAUAAUUGCUAGUGGUGGCGUGAGUGAUUAGAUCAGUGCACGUAUAGUGAAAGCCAGAGUGGCUUAUGCCAAUCUGGGCCAUCUUUGGCACCUUCGUGUUGUUAGUCUGGCUGUAAAGGGUCGGAUCUACAACGCGUCGGUGAGAGCAGUUUUGCUCUAUACUUGUGAAACCUGGCCUCUCCGAGUUGAGGAUGUUAUACAACUCUGUGUUUGAUCAUCAUUGUCUCCAAAGGAUUGCUGACAUGCAGAGGUUCAACAUUCUGUGUUCAGGCAUAAAGACAAUGAUUCGUUUGCUGUCGCUAUCUUGAAACAUCGACUUCGGUGGCCUGAACAUGUUUAACGAAUGACGUCCCAGAGUAUCCCACGUCGUACAUUAUUUGCCGACACUGAGACUGGUUGGGAAAAGCGGAGAGGUGGACGGUGUAUGACAUGGUGUCGUGGUAUGAAAAAAAGCUGUACAGGACUAGCUUCUGUCGGUCCUUCACGCCUCCUUGGUUUGGAUCCCAGAGAUAGUACAACACAGUGGCUAGACGUUAUGAGACAUGACUCAGAAUAGAAGCCAGUGACGAUCCUGUUGCAACUUUCUACUUUCAUCAUGAAAGUAAACGUAACUUCAUUAACCGAAAGAUUCCUUACUGAACUGUUUCUCCCACUCUCACACUAAUUUCUGUUCAAUGUUGUUCUUCUUUUUAUUGUUUAUCUCUCCACAGUCUCAUUGUUAUUGUGUGGCGCAGAUUUAUUUGGUGCCCCCUUGUACUAAUGUACCAAUAAAUAAUAACUCGUGUUUUUAAAUAUGGAAUACCGGAUAUACUGACGUAGGGAAUCAAAAAUUAAUUGCAGAAAUACUUGUUCGGCUCAAAAGGAUAGCUGUAGUAAAAGACAGUUGUAUAAAAGAACGUAAAACGGUGGUACACUAAACGUAUUAGAUAUCAAUUAUAUGAAAUAAGAAUAGUGUGUUACAACAACACUUUUGACAUAGGAUCAGAAUAUACUAUAUCCUUAUAUGCAAUCUUUCUCCUAUAUAUUACCACCUUUGACCUAACCACUCCUAUGAAUCCGGUGUUCAUCUUGCUGUGUGUAUGAGGUAUGGCAACCUGGACCGAUGCACAUAUGUGCCUGGUCCUACGUUGUAGCUGACUGAUAGGAUCAGAAGAUAACAUUGAAAAAUACUAGCAAACCUUAAAUUAGUUAACAGCAAUAUAUUUCCAACAAUAAACAACCUGAAUUAUUUGUUGUUAGCAUUUGUUCCAAACUGUCAAGUUGUUUUUUAUGUCUUUUAACUGAAUUCAAUUGAUUUAAUUUAUUUCUAAAAUGACACCCUGCAGUCUUAAGAUUUAUAACAAUGUUCAUUUCAAACCCUAUUUUAUCUAAGUUUGAUAGUUGUUGAUAUUCGUAUGAAUAUAACUUAUUUGAUGCAUUUUUCAAUCAUCAUCUGUAAAGCUAGGUGUUUUGAUUUUGUUUAAGUUUCUUAUAUUUUACAUAUACAAAUAGUACACAAAAUAUCAACAUCUUAUACCUUUUUCAAACUAUCCACCCCACAUUCUAUUUAAUAGAUCCUCAAGAAGGGACGUUUCUAGAAAGUUGUGGCGUUGCUGAUCUUAUUACAACCUGUUAUGGUGGUAGAAACAAGCAAAUGGGCAUAGCAUUAGCCACCACAAAUGAACCUUUAGCUCAAUUGGAAAAAGAACGUCUAAAUGGUCAAAGUGCUCAAGGUCCUCUCACUGCUGCAGAAGUCUAUGCAAUGCUGGAACCCAAGGGCCUUCUCGAGAAGUAUCCUAUAUUUACAACUGUACAUAAGGUGUGUACACGUCAGUUUGAUCCAAAGAACUUUAUUAGCUGUUUGGCUAACCAUCCAGAACAUCGAUAAAAAAUUGUAUUUAGUGAAGGAUUUUAACUUAGUCUUCCGAACCUUCAUUUAUCUAUGUACUAGCUGGAACACGACCAGUAGACGGUUUCAGUGACUAUAAUAGUUGAAAACGCAAAAUGUCAUUAAUCUAGUGAAUUUAUUGUUUCUUCUGUCACUAUUUUAAUUUAUAUUUGUUAUGACUUCUGUAUUACUAACUGUAGAAACUAAAACUAAGAUUCAUUUAAUGUGUACACCAUAUUAUCUAUUUGUUUUAUCCUUCUCAGAAAUUUUUUGCGCCUGUAUAUUAUUGGCUAUAAUGAUGAGUAAUAAAAAUUCUAGAAGAUA